AUGUUUUGGAACACGAAAACUAACUCCGUUCAUCACGAUCUUAGUCCCGACGCUCAGAGGACCACAAAAGAUGAAACUGGUGUCAAUGAAGCAAUUAACAAAAAUGUUAACGGAAGAAUUGAAACAUUCAAAGGCUUUCUUCUUGAUACAACUUUGCAUGGAGCUCGUUUCAUGCAUUCUGAAAGUUUGGUGAGGCGUUUUGCUUGGACUAUAUUGCUAUCGGUAUCACUCGGAUUUUGCAGCUACAUGGCAUUCGGGACCUUGAGGGACUAUUUUGACAGACCAUUUAACACUCGAACUUCGUCGCGGAGCUCUCCUAAAAAUGGCUUAACUUUCCCUGCCGUCACUCUGUGCAAUUUUAACCCGCUGAAUGUUAACAGAGUAAUACAUUUUGAAAAUGCAAGCCAUGACAUUGAGGAGGUAAAAAGACUUAAACAGAUUUCCAAAGUCCUUACACCCUCAAAAGAGGCCUUCACGGACGGUUUUCUUAACAAAUUCUCGGAUAUCUUGAGUCGUGAAAAUCUGGAGAGCUUUCUGAGACUAUACAGUCAUCAAAUGGAAGACAUGCUUCUUCCAAACUUUCCACCCACACUUUUUUCAUGCUCGUUCGGCGGACUGGUGUGCGGGCCAGAGAAUUUUACCUCGUUCGCGAGUUUCUUGUUUGGUCAAUGUCAUACUUUCAACUUGGCCCAGAAUGGACGCCCAUUGUUGAAUGCUAAAGUAGCUGGUCGCAGAAGUGGUUUGAGACUUCUUCUGAAUACACAACGCGAUAGUUACAUCGAUAAUCCAAGUAGUCCCUUCGUUGGAAUAACGGUCCUGGUACAUGACAGUUACAAUUUUCCGUUUAUGGAUGAGUAUGGUUUUGCAGUUGAAUCAGGGACUCACACAUUUUGCUCCAUUAAGAUGAAAAAGGUGAGAAUGAUCUAAUAACCCCUGGAAAAUUCCUUACCUCCUUCUUGUGCAAUUUUGGUAUUCCCCAACAAUUCUCUCUUUAAAAUGAACUAGGUAAUAAUAUAUAUGUAUAAGGGUGUAAAGAAAUCGUUAUGCUGCGUCGGCAAUAGAGUAAAACUCUUAGUUGGUAGACAACAAGACUUGUUGAUCGUGGGAAGGCAAGCUGCCCAAGCCAAUUUUGAAAAGCUAAUGUAUUGCGUAUUAUUCUUCCGGGUUAUAACCACACCGGAUUAAGUCAACAAAAAGGCCAAUAGGAAUUGAAAUAUCAGAGGACAAGCGAUCUGCAAAUGUUGUUCACAUUCAAAGACAUUUGCAUUACAAACGAAUCCCUGAAAGUCUUUUCAAUUAAAUAUUAUACCCUCUUGAAUAGAAAUUCACCCACAUUUCGCUAAAUCAACCUUGGUGAUUACCAAAGAUAGAAAAGAUAAUGUAGCUUAUUAAAGUUUUAAAAUUACAGCUUUAGAUUUGAAUCAGAUAAAACUUUACAAGGAUUCAAACAAUUACGUAAUGAAAUUGUCUACGUGCGCAAUUGUUGUAGAAAAAAAAACUUUCGCUGAGUCUGUUAGUUCUGCAAAUAGGGACGUGAUAUUUAAGAACAUUUCCCAGAUCAAAGCUACAUAUAUUUGGCUCUGGCUGAUGUCACCAAUAUGUCUAUGUCACCAAGAAAUUCCUAAACCCAGUUAACACAUUUUACAGGUAACUAAUUUGCCUGAACCUUAUGCCACUAACUGCACACAAAGAAGACUAGAGAUGUUCCGCAGCGGGAAGUCAUUUGCAUAUUCUAAGCCGGCUUGCCUCAUGCAAUGUCGCAAUAAGUUUGUGAUAAAAAAGUGCCAAUGUACCAUGCUGGAGUUUCACGGUAAGAUAAAAUAGAAAAAAAUUUGAUUAAUGUGACCUCAAUGUAAGUUGUUCAAAAAUAUUUUAGGUUGAACUUUUAGGGUUUGGUGUCUACUUCGGAAUUGUAUUUACUUUGUUACAAAAUUUACAAUACAUUUUGUGAAAAGUAGUCAACGCGUCUAAGAAUGUCAAAGAGUAUUAUUGCAUUGCCUGACACAGGUUUCUGGCUCAUUUUGUCUUACACCUGCACUCUGCAAGGCUACUUACUCUUCUCAUUAUCUAUCACGAGAUAGAUCGCGUUUCGUAGCCAAUCAAGAUACAGCUUUUGUGAUAGAUCACUGGUAAAAUUAGCCACGAGGUUUUUACUAAUCCAUGACUUCUUUAAAGAAAGAAUCAUCAUAUUAUCAUAUCUGAAACAUGUCACGUCCAUAUUUUUUCAUCAGCAAACGCUCCUGUUUGUGCGCCAAAUGACACAGUAAUUUGUGUUCUUCCUACUCUUGGUGAGUUGAAAGUAUCACUGUGGGCCAACCUUAUAAAAUUACAUAAUAAUGCAAUUGCAUGUAUUAGGCUUUGUUACUUCUUACUUAUGUAUAUGUCAUUUUCUUACACUGAUUGCUGCAGACAAUCCCUCUUUGAAUCGAAAUGUUACACUUGUUCAAGCAGAUGCAAGUUUACCAUUUUUGAUAAGAAUAAUGCAAAGGCAACCACAGUUUUAUCAGUUCCCUCAGAUUUCUAACUUCUAACUUACAGAAAAAUUUAGCUCAUCCAAAGAUGGCUAUCGAUGUGAGCAGGAUUGUCCUCAGCCUUGCAGUCACGUGGAGUACGAGACAUCUCUGUCGUACGCUGGACUUCAGAAGGAUUUGUUUGUGGAUUAUCUUUCGUUAUUGUUCAAUGGCACUGCUAACAGGACAAUAUCUUCUAUGUUACAACACACAUAUCGGCCAUUUCUCAACAUGACCAAAUCAGAGAAGCAUAAAUAUAUAGAGUAAGUCCCCUGAAGUUUGUGUUUCAUUUUCCUCUGUGUAGUCCUGGAUCUUAAAUUGUUUGCAAUAGUUCGCUCUGUGAUUGUUCCUGAAAACCAGUGCAAUUCUCUCAAUUUAUGAGAUGUGCUAGAAAACAAAACAAUCACGACUCAGUCACGUGCAUUUUCCCUCGCCCCACGACUUUGUGUAGUUAUUUACUGUAAAUAACAAUUUCCCCCUGUGACAUUUUAUGUUACUUUGAGUCGCCUCUGUGAUUAUCUUAUUGAUUAAUUUUCCCGAGUUCCACCCGCGUAACCAAUUUUAAGAACAAUGAUGGCUAGACUAGAUAGAUUAUCAAUGUUCGUAUUUUAAACGUAACCAUUUAAAUUUUCCCAAACGUGUUUGGUGCAUUUUCCGCUAAUUGGACAGUUGGCUGUAAUCGUACACCUGUCAUCGGACAGUUAGAGCAGCCAAUCAUACUUAGUCCUUACAGCCAAAUCUACCAAUUAAAGAAUUGAUCACAAUAACCAUAGCAGGAACCAUUUAUCCUAUAUGAAAUUCCCAAAAUUGAGGAAUUUUUUACUCUAGUCAUUGUCUCUACCGGAGGUAUUUGUCUUAAAUGUAUUUGUUAACGUUGUUUUCGGAAAUUGUAACAGUUUUGAUGAAUUGGCCACAGGACUUCAUGUCGUUCCAUUUUGUCUGUAACCACACUCGUGAUUGACGAAUUGGACUCCCGCUUCGCGGUCGUCCGAUCUCGUGAAUCACUCGUAUGAUCUCAGACCAAAUUGGACUCCACUCGAUCGUAAUCACUAUUAAUAAUUAACCAACUUUUUUAAAAAUGAUUUUCACAGCAACAAUAUUAUUUCUUUGGACAUCUAUCUCAAAGACUUGAACUACGAUGUGUUGGAACAAGUUCCCAUGUACGAGGUCUGGGGACUGUUUGGUAGGUAUCAACAUUCAUCUUGUUUUAGAUCUGUUACUGAUAGGGCUCCUGUUAGGGUAAAAUACUUUCAUAAAAAACGAUGCAUGAAGUGUUUGGUAGCCGUAAAAUACUCGACCGAAAAUGCGUUUAUUUUUUAAUCUCACUGAUUAAAUCAAUCUCUCCGAAUGAUGAUGAUGAAAUCUGUUGUAGCUAUGGAACACUCGUGACUAGUUUUUGUUUAACGAUUUCAUUUUGAACAUUCCACAGCGAGUCUCGGUGGAAACUAUGGUCUAUUUCUGGGAAUAAGUGCUCUAACAGUUUGCGAAUUCCUCGACUUUGGCAUCAGAAAGUUUUGCCACAAGAUUUUGUCUGAGAGGAAGAAAAGGAGGCGACAGGAAAAGUAUCCAACAUAA